AUGGAAAAACAAUGGGAAAAAUAUCAAAUUUUACAUUCUAAAGAUGUAAUACUUGAAGACUCACAUGAUUGGACAUUAAAUACAUUAUUACGUGUUGGUGGAUUGGAUAUUUCAUUUUCAACAAAUCAUCCAAAUCUUGCAAUUGGUUGUUUAGUUGUUUGUGAAUAUCCUUCUGGAAAAGAGUUAUUGACAUUAACAUGUCGUAAAAUAAUUACAAUUCCUUAUAUUUCAGGAUUUCUUGGAUUUAGAGAAGUAGAAGUUUAUCAUGAACUACUCAACGAUUGUAAAGAAAAGUACUCUGAGUUAUAUCCACAAGUUGUGCUUGUUGAUGGAAAUGGAUAUUAUCAUCCUCGAAGAUUUGGUUCUGCAACUCAUGUUGGAGUUUAUUGUGAUAUACCAUCAAUUGGUGUUGCAAAGACUGUAUUAUGUGUUGAUGGGAUAGGAAAGAAGGAGAUUAAUAUAAUUACUUCACAACUCAAACCAGGUGAAUCAACUACAGUUAGUACUUCAAAUGGAGAAGCGUUAUGUGAGGUUAUAAGAAGUAGAGGUGGUAGUAUAAAUCCAAUCAUUGUUAGUUGUGGGAAUAAAGUUUCACUUUCAACAGCAGUAAUUAUCUGUAAAGAAUGUUGUUUACAUAAAAUCCCAGAGCCUAUUCGACUAGCUGAUUUAAUUUCAAGAAAGUUGUUAAGAGAUGAAGGAUUACUCCAACACAUGAAUUAG